AUGCUGAAAUUCAAAUAUAUGAGUCAGGGAAGCCUGAAAACACUCGGUUCCUCCGGCGACCCCAUCACCGCCCGAAGCUUGAGACUCAACCAGGUGUUUCAGGGGAGAGUGAGCCUGUGUGGGCAGCAGGGAGGAGGAUGCUCUGUUGGACGGGAGGAGUUUCUGGAGGCUCUUCUGCAGCUCUACCAAGAGUGCACCUCCCCGGAGCUCAUGAAGAUACAUCACGUAGCCAAGUUUGUCAAGAAAUAUUCUGAAGUGGUCUCAGAGCUGCGGGCCCUGCAGCCAGGGCCGCAGGACUUUGAGCUAUGCGCUGUGGUGGGUCGCGGCCGCUUUGCUGAAGUCCAAGUGGUCCGAGAGAAAGCCACCGGAGACGUGUGUGCACUUAAAGUCAUGAACAAGACGGUGUUACGCACCCAAGAAAAUGUGGUUUUUCAUGAGGAGGAACAGAAGAUCCUGUCACUGAACAGUAGUCCCUGGAUUCCACAGCUUUUAUAUUCUUUCCAGGAUAAAGAUAACGUCUACCUGGCAAUGGAGUACUUGCCAGGCGGUGACCUCAUGUCUCUGCUGAACCGAUAUGAGGACCAGUUUGAUGAGUCAGUUGCUCAAUUUUAUUUGGCUGAGUUGGUAGAGGCCAUUCAUGCUGUCCACCAGCUGGGUUACGUCCACAGAGAUGUAAAACCUGAGAACAUUCUCAUCGAUCGGACCGGCCACAUUAAGCUAGCUGAUUUUGGAUCAGCUGCAAAACUGACUGCAAACAAAACAGUGGCUGUUGCCACUGUACCUGUCGGGACCCAAGACUUUCUCUCUCCUGAGGUCCUGACCGCUAUAAAUGGGGGUCCUCACAGCUCUUAUGGGAUCGAGUGCGACUGGUGGUCCCUUGGGGUCAUCGCUUAUGAAAUUAUUUAUUCCAAGUCACCUUUUUCUGGUGGCACUUCUACCAAGACGAUUCACAAUAUUCUCAACUUCCAGAGUUAUUUAAAGUUUCCAGAGGAGCCACGUGCCAGUAAGCAGUUUGUUGACUUGGUGCAGAGCUUGCUGUGCGGAGCAAACAAACGUCUGGGUUUUCAGGGACUCUGCUGUCACUCAUUCUUCUCUAGUAUAGACUGGAAGAACUUACGGCAAGUUCUUCCGCCUUUUGUUCCUGCAUUGCAUGCUGAGGAUGACACCUCUAAUUUUGAGGAGCCGGAGCAGGCUGCCCCCUGGCCAGCCUCAGCAACCCAACGAGGAGCUCAGCCUCUGGGCUUUCAGGGCCAGGAUCUGCCCUUUCUAGGCUGGUUCUUCAGCAGACCAUUAACAGCACUGGCCAAAACUGAGUCUGUGUCUGCAGGCCUAAACUCUCCUGCAAAGACCAACUCCAUGGAAAAGAAACUGCAUCUUAAAAGCAAAGAUUUACAAGAAACUCAAGACAAAUGUCAUAAGAUGGAGCAGGAAAUCUCCAGGUUCCAACGUAAAAUGACCGACCUGGAGUCAGUUCUCCACCAGAAGGAUGUGGAGCUGAAAGCCUCAGAGACUCAGAGAAACAUCCUGGAGCAAGAUCUUGCCACCUACAUCACUGAGUGCAGUAGCCUGAAGAGAAGCUUGGAGGAGGCCCGUGUUGAGGUCUCCAGAGAGGACGAUAAGGCCAUGCAGCUGCUGCAUGACAUAAGAGAACAGAGCAACAAGCUGCAAGAAAUUAAGGAGCAAGAGUACCACGCCCAGCUAGAGGAGAUGCAGGUGACCAUCAGGCAGCUGGAGGAGGACCUGUCGGCCGCUCGGCGACGCAGUGACCUCUACGAAUCUGAGCUCAGAGACUCCAGACAAACAAGCGAAGAGCUCAAACGAAAAGCUGUGGAAUACCAGCAGAGAAUCCAAAAGGCUAAAGAGCAAGGAAAAGCUGAAGUGGAGGAGCUUCUCUCCAAACUUGAGAAAACCAACUCUGAACAACAGGUGAAAAUCCAAGAACUCCAAGACAAACUGUCUAAGGCAGUGAAAGCGAGCACUGAAGCCACUGAGCUGCUGCAGAAUGUCCGACAGGCCAAAGAGCGGCUGGAACGAGAUCUGGAGCGCCUGCGAGGGAAAACGGACUCUAGCGACACUUUAAAGCGUCGUCUCAGAGAGACAGAGGAGGGAAGGAAAACUCUAGAAAACCAGGUAAAGCGGCUGGAGAUGGUUGAGCGGCGGGAGAAUAAGCUAAAGGAUGACAUUCAGACCAAAUCCCAGCAGAUCCAGCAGAUGGCUGAAAAGAUCCUGGAACUGGAAGAGAGCCUGAGGGAGGCCCAGUCUACAGCUCAGAGGAUGGAAACUCAGCUUGUUCAGAAGGAGAGGCUUUUCGAAGAUAAGAUCAAGGUGCUGGAAGCCCAGAUGAAGACAGACCUGGCUGAGAAGGAGAGCCUCGAGGCAAAAAGGGCACAGCAGGAGGAGGAGUCGCGGGAGAACUGUAAACUCAUCAGUGAACAGAAAGCAACCAUCAAUGCUAUGGAUUCGAAGAUGAAGAACCUGGAACAACGCAUCGCUGAGCUGUCAGAGGCUAAUAAGCUGGCUGCUAACAGCAGCAUCUACACCCAGAAGAAUAUGAAAGCCCAAGAGGAAAUGAUCUCAGAACUUCGGCAGCAAAAGUUUUAUUUGGAGUCUCAAGCAGGCAAGCUUGAGGCACAAAAUGCCAAAUUAGAAGAGCACUUAGAGAAAAUGAGUCAGCAGGAGCAAACCAGGAGGACCCGGCUGCUGGAGCUGGAAAGCCGGCUACGGGAGAUGGGCCUCGAACACGAAGAGGAGAAACUGGAAAUUAAGAGACAGGUGUCGGAGUUGACCCUGUCUCUCCAAGAGCGCGAGUCCCAAAUCAGCAGCCUGCAGGCCGCACGUCUUGCUUUGGAGAGUCAGCUGCAGCAAGCUAAGACUGAGCUGGAAGAAACCACCGCUGAGGCCGAGGAGGAGAUCACCGCACUGAGGAACCACAGGGAUGAGAUUCAGCGCAAAUUUGAUGCCUUAAGAGACAGUUGUUCAGUGAUCACUGACCUGGAGGAACAGCUUACGCAGCUGAGUCAGGAGAACGCCGAGUUGAACCGUCAAAACUUCUACUUGUCAAAACAGCUCGAUGAAGCAUCAGAUGAGCGGGAGGAUAAGCUGCAGCUCAGCCAGGAGGUGGACCGCCUCAGGAGGGAGGUGGCUGACCGUGAGAUGCACCUCAACAACCAGAAACAGAACAUUGAGACGCUGAAGACAACGUGUAGCAUGUUGGAGGAGCAGGUGGUGGAGCUGGAGUCUCUGAACGACGAGUUGCUGGAGAAGGAGAGGCAGUGGGAGGCGUGGAGGGGUGCGCUGGAGGACGAAAAAAGCCAAGCAGAGAGACGCACCAGAGACUUGCAGAGACUUCUGGAUAAUGAAAAGCAGAACAGGCUGCGUGCAGAGCAGCGCAGCACUGAGUCUCGUCAGGCCGUGGAACUGGCGGUCAAAGAGCAUAAGGCUGAGAUCAUGGCCUUACAGCAGGCCUUGAAGGAGCAAAGACUGAAGGCUGAAAGUCUGUCUGACACACUCAAUGAUCUGGAGAAGAAGCAUGCCAUGCUGGAGAUGAACGCCCGCAGCUUACAGCAGAAACUGGAGACGGAGAGGGAACUCAAACAAAGGCUGAUGGAAGAGCAAGGGAAGCUUCAGCAGCAGAUGGACCUCCAGAAGAGCCACAUUUUCCGUUUGACACAAGGCCUUCAGGAUGCUCUGGACCAAACUGACAUGCUCAAAACUGAAAGGACAGAUCUGGAGUAUCAGCUGGAGAAUAUACAGGCUGUUUACUCCCACGAGAAAGUGAAGAUGGAGGGGACGAUCUCCCAGCAGACCAAACUCAUCGACUUCCUUCAAGCCAAAAUGGACCAGCCCACCAAAAAAAAGAAGGGUAUAUUUGGGCGGCGGCGGGAAGAUGUAGGCACCACCACCAAUGGGGCACUUGCUCAACAGGCCCAGCCGGCUGUUCCCAUGCAGUACGGUGACAUGAAAGUAGCUUUGGACAAGGAGCGCUCACGCUGUGCAGAGCUAGAAGACGCUUUACACAAGAUGAGGAUAGAGUUACGAUCCCUAAGAGAAGAAGCGGCUCAUUUCAAAGCCCAGGACCACGUGGCUCCUUCCACGCCAGCCCAGGCUCGACAUCAGAUCCUCAUGUCUGCCAUCGUCAAAUCACCAGAGCAUCAGCCCAACCCCAGCAGCCUUUUAAACCCCUCCACUCGCUGCAAGGAGACCUCCACACCUGAAGAAAAGAGGAGGGUCACAUUUGAAAAGUUUGGUCGUCGCGUGAAAGAGAGAAUGCAUCACAACAUCCCUCAUCGUUUCACUGUGGGCCUCAACAUGAGGGCUGCCAAAUGUGCCGUCUGCCUGGACACUGUUCAUUUUGGACGACAGGCUGCCACUUGUUUAGAGUGCCACACCUUGUGUCAUCCUAAAUGCUCGCCAUGUCUGCCAGCCACCUGCGGUCUGCCGGUUGAAUAUGCAACUCACUUUUCAGAGGCUUUGUGCCGAGAAAAGGCAAACUCGCCUGCACUGCAAGUCAAAGAAGCCGCAGGGCAUGUUCGUUUGGAGGGAUGGAUGAAGCAGCCAAGAAAUGGCAAACGUGGCCAGCAAGGGUGGGAGAGGAAAUAUGUGGUCCUAGAUGGAACCAAAUUAUCAGUCUAUGAUACUGAACCCAGGGAAGACUCUGUAAAGGCUGAGGAGGAGUUCGAGCUCUGUUUACCUGAUGGAGACGUGACCGUUCAUGGAGCUGUUGGCACGUCCGAGCUCAUCAACACCGCCAAGUCGGAUAUCCCAUAUGUUUUGAAGUUGGAAUCCCAUCCCCACACCACAUGCUGGCCAGGGCAGUCCCUCUACUUCAUGGCUCCCAGCUUCCCCGACAAGCAGCGCUGGGUGGCCGUGCUGGAGUCUGUUAUGACUGGCAGUCGUGGAUCGAAAGACAAAGCAGAAGCUGACGCUGCAGAUGGUUCUAAAAGACAGAAGAACCUAUCCCCUCUGGUUCAGAAACUUCUGGGUAAUUCUCUUCUGAAACUGGAGGGUGAUGAUCGCUUGGACAUCAACUGCACCCUGCCUCUCACUGACCAGAUUGUCUUGGUUGGCUCUGAGGAAGGGUUAUACGCCCUCAAUGUCAUUAAAAACUCUUUGACCCACAUCCCUGGCCUGACCUCAGUUUUCCAGAUCCAGAUCCUAAAGGAGCUUGAUAAGCUGCUGAUGAUCACAGGGGAGGAUAGAGCUUUGUGUCUGGUGGAGAUCAAGAAGGUGAAGCAGUCUUUGUCCCAGUCCCAUCUCCCAGCUCAGCCUGACCUCAAUCCCUUCAUCUUUGAGACAGUGAAGGGAUGCCACCUCUUCUCCUCCGGAAAGAUUGAAAAUGGGAUCUGUAUCUGCGCUGCUAUGCCUAACAAGAUUACAAUCCUGCGAUAUAAUGAAAGCCUCAACAAGUUCUGCAUCAGAAAGGAGAUUGAGACAUCAGAGCCUUGCAGCUGUAUUCACUUCACCGGCUACAGUAUCAUUAUUGGCACCAACAAGUUCUAUGAGAUUGAGAUGAAGCAGUAUGUGCUGGAAGAGUUCUUGGAUAAAAACGACGUUACAUUAGCUUCAGCCGUCUUUGCUGCAUCUUCCCAUAGCUUCCCCAUCUCCAUCAUCCAGGUCACCACAGCCCCACAGAAGGAGGAAUACCUGCUCUGUUUUCAUGAGUUUGGUGUGUUCGUGGAUACAUACGGCCGCAGGAGUAGAACAGACGAUAUCAAAUGGAGCCGUCUGCCUCUCUCAUUCGCCUACAGAGAGCCCUAUCUGUUUGUAACUUACUUCAACUCUCUGGAUGUUAUAGAGAUUCAAGGGCAUGCUGCUCUUGGGCCACACUCUUAUGCACACUUGGACAUCCCAAAUCCACGCUACCUGGGCCCAGCCAUCUCCUCUGGAGCCAUCUACUUGGCCUCAUCUUACCAGAACAAACUGCGGGUCAUUUGCUGCAAAGGCAACUUGGUGCAGAGUCAGGAAGGUGGAGGAGAUCUGCAGCGCAAUGGCUCCGGACGCAGUCCCAACAAGCGUGGGCCCCCCUCCUACAAUGAGCACAUCUCUAAAAGGCUUGCUGCCAACCCUCUAGUCCACGGAGACCCUGGCACACCUCACCGCUACAGAGAGGCUCGCACAGAGUUUCGACGGGACAAGUCCCCCAACCGUCCACUGGAGAGAGAGAAGUCGCCCGGCAGAAUGCUGGAAAGCCGGAUCAGUGGUUCUCCCGGCAGGGCCAUGGCUGACCCCCGAUUAGAGCGGUCCCCGGGCAGGGCCAUGGCAGACCAUCGCAUGGACCGCUCACCCGGCCGGAUGAUGGAUGUUCGAAGGGAGAGAUCUCCUGGACGAUUUGAAGAGAGGCAAAGGCUUCAUACUGGCUCUGGACGCACACCCAUAAACCCAGUUAACAAGGUGUGGGACCAGUCAUCUGUUUAGAGGCUGCACAGCUACACAUCCAUCCAUCAAAAAUGGAGACAUUCAACUCUGCAAAGAGAAAAGCAGGAGCGGAGAAUCAGUGAGAGUUACCAUCUCAAAAUGAAACUGCCACAUCUGUUCUAAAAUUAAAGGCAUACACAAGAAAACAACAGUAGCUUUCAGGAAUUAAAUCGUUCAGAUUAGCUUUUUUUUUUUUUAAUGAAGAUCAAUAAAAUGCCAUAUUGAGCACCUGAGCAGGGAUUUUGUUGAUUUUAGCAGGUACUCUGCUCCAAAUGUGGAUUAGCAAUUGGAUACAAAUCUGAGAUGAGUUUUGUUAACUUCAUGGAGGCUAGAAGAGAUAAGCACAGCCAUAAAACCUUAUUUUUCAGUCA